AUGGCGCUGCAUAGAAUCAGGAUCUGGCGACAGCAGGUGCUCUUCGUUUUCCUCUUAUCGGUGGCAGUGUUGUUCGCAAUCUCUGUCGAAUCAUCAAUAGCAUCCCAACCACAAGUUUCAGCUGCUACCGGUAUGGUUGCAGCUGAAUCACAAGUACUCCAAGGAGACGACAAUCAUCAUCACCACCAUGAUGACUCCCAGAAUAGUACAUUCUGUCACGGAAUGUACAUGACUGUGUUCAUGGAUGGAUUCAGGUGGUCCUUGGGAAUGUCAAGUAGAGGGGGCUCGGAUCAUCAUGGACACGACAAUUCUACAAAGUCUUUGCCUCCUUGUCUGGCAUAUUAUGUGCGAUCUUGGCAACUGAACAUGCCCGGGAAAUUCCGAGGUGCCUGUGUGUAUAGCUUCUUGUUAGCGCUCCUGACCGAAGCCCUCUCGGCCUCUCGGAUAGCAUUGAUUGAUUAUCUUCGCCAUCCCGGAAUGCUGCAGCAACGCAAAAUUAUACUGACAUUGGUCUAUGCCUUGCAAAGUUGGAUGGGGACACUCAUCAUGUUGGUUGCAAUGAUGUAUUCGAUCGAAUUGUUCUUUUCCGUCGUGGCGGGGCUCGUCGUGGGAAAUUAUAUGUUUGUCAGAGAACAGGGACGGCGGCCACCAGCUAUGGACCAAACCAGAACUGUGAGUGCCUCUGCCGAGAGAUAUUCCGAUACUGGUUCUCCAGCUGGUACCGCCGCAGUGGCGGAACAGCAGUUUAAUUGCUGUGCCUCCAAUCAAGAUGCCAAUUCGCAAGGGAUGGGUUCCCUCGGUGGUCUGCAAAUGCAAACGAGAAAGGAAGAAUAA